AUGCCAAUAAUUACAACUGGACUAGUGUUGAUCUUAGCCAAUAUACUACAACUAGUGGGUGUUGUCUCACCGGAGUGGGACAUGUUUGAUACACCGUACUUUGGUUCCAAAAUUAAACUCUACCAGAAUCUAUGGACAAUUCACGACGAAAUCAAAGACAAAUCUAUUCGAGAGGGAUUGUUACCACCAUUGAUAAACACAGAGUGGAAAGCCAGAAUCGUCAGACUGGAGGUCAGUGCGUUGGUGACCGGUGUCCUUGCGCUUGUCCUAGUUAUCAGUACAAACGUCCUGAAAGUGUCGUCAAGGAGACAAACCUUUCUGGUCACCUGUUAUGUUCUAGCGGUAUUGCUAGCAUGCUCGUCUGCCGUCACAGCUAUUUUUGGUGUACAAACCUACAAAAAGAACUACAAAAGCAUCCUAAGCAUUGAAGCUUUUCAUUCUUUCAACAUGGUACCGAUCGAGAAAUACGUCCUGUCCUGGGGUUCGCACGUCUCUUACGCGAGCGGGAGUUUCUACUUGUUAUCAGCGGUCCUAAUCAUCGUGAACAUCAUCAAAUCUGUGUCAACCACAGCCAAUUCGUCUGCAGUGUCACCAUCAACCUCUGGCAGUGAGCAUGCGUAG